UCUUCUUCUUCUUCUUUAAACCCGCUAUCUCCUUACCAGUAUAUACCAGUUCAAGUUCAAGCACUGAUUUUUUCACUGAAGGUCUCCAAUUUCGCCGGAGGUGUGCACGGACAUCAAGCGAUCGUUUCUUUCUUGCCGCUAGUCACUACGGUAGAUCAUGGAGCUCUUCCUUGGUCGACACUGAACAACGCCAUUUGCUGCUUACUCAGCAUCGGUGAGCCUCGCGCAUGCGCGAGGCAGGGGCGUUGUCCAAUGCGCUUGCGAGCGUAUUACCAGGCGAGUUGGCAGACCUGCAGAGAAACUCUCAACCUCCAGUACCUUCUGUAAGUAAGUGUGCACAUUUCCAACUGGCUAGCUUGCUGUUGAUUUGCACGAAGAGCAACUUGCCAGAGUCUACGCUGUGUUACGCGAGCCUCGCGGGGCACUCAGUCAAACGGGCCUUCAUUGUUUGUCCCCCCAGGUUGUAGCCUGAUUACCAAAGCCUGCCCAUGAAACCACAACCAUGUGCAAUAAUCUAAUUACAUCCUUGUUGAAGACAAUACAUGAGGUGAAUGCGGUAUCUAGCCCCUGCUUCAGGCACCAUUAUAGCUACUACUUUCAACAGUUACAAUUUGUCUAUGGUAGCCUAUCUACAACAUACCCAUGAACAUCAGAGUGACUAUAACAAUAAAUGUAGUGUUGUCAUAAGCUGUUAAAAAAAUAGUGGAAACAAGUGGAAAAAUCAUUUCUUCAAAAUGAAAGGGGGAUAU